AUGGCAACGAACCGCGACCUCAGUUACGACGACAGCGCAGAUUCCGGAUCACCUCAAACAGAAUCCGACACUAGUAGCUCUGACUGGGAAGCUGGUUUCGCCAAUCCAGAUUUCUCUUCACUGCGCUGCAGCAGAAAAAGAUCUCGACCUCAGGCUAACAAUGGGACACGCAAGAGUCCUGCAGAAUGCAUUUCUAGCAGCGACUCCGACAAUGGUGUAACCUCUAAUACUUUGCACAAAAGGGUGAAAUAUCGAGUUGCUAAUCCUCAAAACAAUUCAACCGAGAGUCAAAUGGGGUCUAAUAUCACAGAGAACAUCUUGAGCUCCGAUGACUCUGAUGGGCUCGACAGUGAGGACAGUUCUGAGACUGAUCCAGAUAUUGAUUCAGAUGAUACGAUCUCUGAAAGUGAGGAUGAUGGCUACGCCGAUACGACCAAGGAGAAUGUAGCAGGAAUGUGCGAUCUUUGGGAAAGAUUUUGUCGGAAGCAGCAUAAGAAAGGCGGUACUGGCAUCCACUUCCAGUGGGCGAAUCCAAAUAACGCUCUGAAAGCAGCUGGUAAAACCGAAUUCACACGUUUCUUGCGCUGGCGCUUAAAGGUCCGGCGCGGUAGGAACGGCAGACAGGCGAAAGGAGUCAAAAAGGCUAGUACCCUGGACACCAAUUGGAAGAACUUUCUUCGACAUUACGAGAAAGUCAACAAGAAACCAAUGGAUGGGAGUCUGGGUCGAAGGAUGAGAAAGAGUAUUCGAAGCAUUGUCCUACGAGCAGGACUGGAUACCGAAGAGAAAGAAAAGACGCCGAUGUAUAUCGAGGAUUUGGUUCCUCUCCAGGAAACAGUGCUUCGAACUAUGGAAAAAAGGUUCUAUAGCGGAUUGCAGAGAAUGCAGCAGUGUCUGUACAAUCUGAUGGCUUGCUUUACUGUGAAUCGAAUUAAUGCCAUGCGAAAUUUGCAAUACAAGCAUAUACUUUGCUCAAUCCAACGUGAUCCUAAAGGGGGUCCGCCGCGGAUCUUGUUGGAGUUUACUUACAAGUUCACGAAGAAAUACCUCAAAAUCACUCAAGGGAAUACUUUCCUAAUUCCUGAGAUCAUAUAUGACCCGUUUUUGAUGUUAAGUCCGCAUACCUUCUUGCUAGGUAUGUUGUUCCACGACGACGCCUUCCGCGCUCCUGGUAUCCGCUCUAUGGGCGAUCUGAGGCGCCUAUUUCUGGAGGGUGAUCGGCAGCAGAUGGAGAUACCACUCAAGCCUGAAAAGUCUGAGAAUUAUGUGUUCUGCAAAAUUAAAGGGAUCAAAGGCCAAAUAAAAUGCCAUCGUAAUCAACCCAUCUCGAAGAGCUCACUAUCUAGCCAAUUUCAAACGUUUGGAGAAAUCACUGGGUUCAAAUGGAGCCUAUUCACACAUCGCUUUAGAUACGGUGGCGGAACUAUCUUGAACGAAAGCGGGCUCGUCAGCGACGCACAACAAAACUUGAUCAUGAAACAUACCGACAUUCAGACUUUCCUCAAUUACUAUCUGCCACGGCGUAUUGGCACGGACAUGCAGUCUUUGAUGCGGGGCUUAGAGCCUGAUUCUGCGAUGAUGCGUGCAGUCACUAGGAUAGGAAGGUGGAUUGACACGCGGAGGCCUCGUGAGCUCACUAAUGAGCAGAAGGCAAGAGUCGAAGGGAAUUUUGAACUGCAGGAAGCUAUCGCAAAACGGGACAUUUUCUCUGAAAAGCUUUAUCGAGGCAAGAAAAAGAGUACUAAACAGCUCGAAAGGCUCGACCAGUUGAAAAGGAAUGUCACAAAUACGCGUAACAGACUACUUUACGACCUUCGAAAGCGUGUGAGGGAAGACUUUGAUAACCAGCAGGCUGUUAUUGACAUCGAAAGACAACUCACUGGAAGUGCACUCUGUGAACAAGAAACAAAAGAGAUACUUCGUGUGGAGGAACAUAUGCUCCCCAAGCAAAUCUUUUUGCUGGAAAAAUUGACGACUUGGCCGACGACCACAUCUGUGGAGGCGGAGUGGAUGCGUCGAAAUGAGGCCGUAGAGGCUGUUCGGAUGUAUUGCGAUGUUCUCGAGGGGGGGGCCACGCCGAGGUCGACGCCGACUGCCGCGAAGAAUGAUACAACUAUGGGCAGCGAUAGCGACUAUUCUCCGCCCUGCGCAGUCACUGGAGCACCCUUCAUAUCAGCUGAGGAAAGAAUACUGGAAGCAGAAACUUCAAUAAGAGCAGAUACGAAACCAUUGGCAUGCUUCCAAUGCUACGGAAUGAAACACUACUCUCGCCAUAAGCAUCUUCUGCGUCAUUUUAGAGCCUCACACUUGAAUGACCGUAAAUGCAACCAGUGCAACGAGGUUAUUGAACAUGAGAUGGGCCUGCGCCGACAUAUGCAGGAUAAUCACGGAUUGAAGACCUAG